AUUGCCGAGAAAUUUCAAAGCAACUUCCCAACCACGCCUUUUCUUCCCUGGUUCAAACGAAAGUGGUUGGAAAAAACCCAUAAGCAAAACUUCACUCCAUCUUACCUUCUGCGCAAUUGCUUUGCUCUAUAUUUAUAAACCCCCAAGCCAGGACAUCAGUCCCCAAGUUUCAUCAUCCAAAGAAAUCAAGCAUUUUAGUGCUGCGAAUGCCAAAGCAUCGGAGAAACAGGGCAAUUCCCAUGGCUUACGCUUACAGGAGCCACAAAAGUGAUGGUGAAGGCUCUAGCCCCUUGCUCUCAAUGAUUUACUACUUUUUCUUCUUGUCUAAUGGCAUCGCCGCAAUAUGCCGAGCAUACGCCCACAACGAUUAUUACAUGGUAGCUUUCAUCGUUUUCGUUUACUUAGGUUCCUACUUGUUAGACUACUGUUGGUCAUCGUUUCAUCGGUUGCCUAGGCAUGAGAAAUCACUACGCAAAGACUUGUUGAAGUUUGCUGCGUGGCUUCUAUAUUCGGCUAUCAUGUUUGGAUUUGUCUAUCAGUUUGGACAAUUGUUCUCCCGGGCUGCUGCGAUGACUCUUUAUGUCGUCUCAACCCUGUGCAGUGCAGUCCUUUUCUAUGUCUACAUGAUCUAUGAGGAGGAUGAUCAAAAUGGACGUGGUUCUAAGAGAAGCAAUGGUGAGAAAUUCACAUUUCCUCCAACGCAUUUCGAUUCUAUUCUGGAGAGAGUAUAAUAAAUGCAUCAUUAUGAAGUAAUUUUCCUCCUCGUGUCUUGGACGUAUUGUUUCUCCCAACGAAUAAUAUCCUUGUGUGGGUAAAUUAUUGUGAAAAUUCUGAUAAGUUUGUAUUGGUAUAGAAGCAUAGUAAUCAUGUGAGAAAGUAUUGAUUUAGCACAAUGAAAACCACUUAAUGAAAUAUUUUUUUUUAUUUUUUUGGGUUUAAUGGUAAAAUUGUUUGGAUUAAUUUAUACACACGUCAAUAAUCAAAAAAUUAAUUAAGUAAAAUGGAAACAAUCUAAUGAAGUAUUGUUUACUGCUCUCCCUGUGUUUUCCCAUUAUUUCUUUUGAUAUAAUGAAAAAGUAGGAGGAUGAAAAGUUAGAAGAAUAGAAAUUUAAAGGGAUAAAAAAAAUAUUAUGUUUGGUAAGGAAGGAAAGUAGAAAGGAUGAAAAAGUGGAUGAAUUAAUUUUUCUUCUAACUCACAAAAAUCAAUUCCUCUAAAAUUGGAAGGAAAGUGGAUG